GAUAUGGGCACAGAAGCCGACGGGCACAUUGAUCUGGAAAAUGUCUAAUAAAAUAAGCGAAUAUUUUGCUAACGAUCCGCCCAGCUUCUUCGAUGAGCUGACAAACAAACCCAAAUCCAGAGAGAUGCCAGCAGAAGGUAGUCCCGCUGCCGGCAGCACCAGCUCCGGUGGUAACAUGAUGUCCAACACGUUCACCGGAUUUUUCCAGGCACCUGAAUAUGUGGAGACACCUGAGGCAGAGGACUCUGUAAAAGUGAGCGAAGAAGUGCGAAGUCUGUGGGAGUUGCCGCGGGAGAGCGAGCCAGGCAAGCUUAUAAUGCCCGGGAUUCAUUUGCAGAAUGAUCUGCCGGAUCCCAUUACCAUUGCAGUAACCCAGCACCUCGGAGAAGCUGAGUUAGCCCACCGAAAGAUCCUUCGCAUAGACGAUGUCACACAGGAUGAGCGCGGCUUAAGGACCCUAAUCCAUGCCGGUUGCUAUCGCACAGCUGUGAAUCUAACUGGCCGUCUCCUAACCAUCUAUGGCCAAGGUUAUGGAAGAUCUGGUCAGCCGGCCAAGCACUCGCCGCACUCGCUCCAACUGUGGUUCUCUCGCCUGGCCCUCUUGGCCAAACUGGGGGAGUUCGAACUACUGAAUGCCGAAGCGGAACCAUUUGGUCAGCUAACCAGUCCGGAUGUCUUCUACGACUUCUAUCCGGAGAUGUACAAUGGCAAGAGCGGCUCCAUUGCAUGCUUUUCGUUCCGCCUUUUGCUGGCAGAGCUGCCGAUAUAUCUAGAGCCUCACGUAGCCCUCGACAGAUUGUCGCAACUCCAUGUUACCAGCCGGGAGAUCAUGGAACACUACAUAAACCUGCGUAACAAACCAGCUGAAGAGUUUUGGCAGAGGCGAUGCGAAAGGAUAUUGCACUCCAUCAUCAACUGUGGAUUAAUGAUGAAGAAUUUUAGUAUGAUAGACGACAUCAUGGAGGGAACCCUUUUAAAGCGUUCCAAUCUGACCAAAGAGGAACAGAGGACUUUGUACUCUGCAUGGGGACGCAUAUAUCUGCAAAUCGGUGAUAUUUUUGGAGCUGAACAGAAGUUUGCGGUCUCAAGAAGACUACGGGAAAUCAACACUUCUCCAGAUCUACGAGAUUUGGUGGACAAGGGUCUCAUAGCAGUGGCUAAGAACGAUUUUCAGGCAUAUGUGAUAUUCCAAAAGGCCUUGCACUUGGAUUCCGGCAAUACGAUGAUUCUGAACAACAUGGGAGUGUGCCUUCUAUAUGCCGGAAAGUUGAAGGAUGCUAUAAAUCUGUAUGAGCGCGCCAUUAACCUUAAUCCCCAAAAGUCUUUAAACGAAAGCUUGCUGGUCAAUCUUUCGACCUUGUAUGAACUGGAAUCUAACAACUCCAAAGCGAAAAAGUUCAACCUGCUACGCCUGAUUAACCGAUAUAAGCCCGAUCUCAACAUUAGCAUAGAAAUUUGUCUAAAGCUUCAGACAAUAAAUUAAAGAAUAAAUAACCGUUACAACAUUCCAAUACA